CAGGACGAGCGUCGCUCCAGGGAUCCUACACAUCCAUCGCAGACACCUUCGGUACUUCCCAUUGAAUUGACCCACUCUCGUCCCACCGUAAUACGCGGGUGUAGAGUCGAGCCUCCCUUUGCAGUAACGCGUUGAUGCACCUGUUGCUAUGCUGAUGAUUUAGUGGUCCUGUCCUUUGUUGUUUUUUGUAAAAGAAGAAGCCAUGUCUUACCACCAGGGCCGUGGCGGUUCUCGUCCGGGCUUACCCCCGGGUCAGCACGGGUCCCAACCGAACUACCGACCCAGCAACCUCCGACCCCUGCCUCCCCACACCCCCCCGUCGUCUUACCACUACAGCCCUCAAACCCAUCCCAACGCCGGUUACCAAGGCAACAGAGGCGGAGGCUUCAUGCCGCCGCCGCCGCCGAUGCCGCACUCCGACUUCAUGUCGUACCCUCCGCCCGGGACGAACAUGUCUCCCGGCGCCCUGGGUCCGGGCUCCAUGCGCCCGCCCUUCCCCAAGCCCCCCGUCCGGCAGGGGGGGUUCCCGGAGCCUCCGCCCAACUUCCCGCCGCCGCCGCUGCCGUCUCUCGCCAACCCCUCGGCCGGCCCCGGGGCCCAGCCGUCGGCCCAUAACCCCUACGCCUACAUGAUGCCCCCGGGCAUGCCCCCGCCGGCGCCCCACCCCCCCAUGCCGCCCGCCAUGCCCGCGCAGCCCGGCGGCUACCAGCAGGCGCCGUACUCGGUGGGCUACCACCAGCACCACCACCAGCAACCCCCGCCGUUCCCGCCGCCGACGUUCAGCCCCGGGUACUCCCCUGGCGGUGGGGCCGGCGCCGGGGGGCCGGGCCCGGGCCCCGGCUGGUUCAAACCAGACCCCGGCUUCAGACCAGGGGGCCAGUACAAGUACGAGAAGCCGCCGGACUGCACCCCGCAUCGCCACGACGACCAGCCCAACCGGCAGAAGAGCUACGGGUAUGGCGGCGGCGGCGGCGGCGGCGGGGACCGAGGCAAGACGGAGUUCAGCGCGGAGCGGAAGGAGAGGAGUCCCGACCGGCGGGGGAGGCCGGAGGCCGCCGGUCGAUACCGGUCCGACUACGACCGCGGUCGGACCCCGCCCAGACACCGGAGCAGGGAACGCGGCCGCUACUCUGACAGCAGCUCGGAAAGGCAUCGACACAGAGACAGCCGCAGGUCCCCGUCUCCUGACAGACAGAGGAAACGGCAGCGAAGCCGCUCCAACAGCAGGGAGAAGAAGAGGAGCCGUUGGGAGGGGGAGGGGGGCCGGCGGGAGGGGGAGGGGGGCCGGCGGGAGGGGGAGGGGGGCCGGCGGGAGGGGGAGGGGGGCCGGCGGUCCGAGAGCUCCGGGCCCGGCCGGGAGAGGAGCAGCUUCUCCUCCGCCCGGAGCAGGGACAGCGAGGACUCGUACGCCGAGCGUGACCGGGAGCGAGACCGCGAGAGGGAGCGGGAGAGAGACAAGGAGCGGGAGCGGGAGAGGGAGAGGGAGCGGGAGCGGGAGAGCAGUCAGAGGGAGAAGGGGGAGGAGGUGAAGGACGAGGAGGAGCUGCUGAAACCGGCCUGGAUCCGCUGCACCCACGCCGAGAACUACUACUCCAACGACCCCAUGGACCAAGUGGGGGACUCCACAGUGGUCGGCACCAGCAAGCUGCGGGCUCUGUACGAGCGCUUCGAGGAGGAGCUGAUCCAGAGGCAGGAGAGGGCCAAGGCGGCGCGGCCCAAAUGGGAACCCCCCCAGACGAAACUGGACGAGGAGCCGGGGUGUCCAGGAGACGAGAGCAGCAGCGACACGGAGUGCGAGUCGGACGGCGAGGGCAGCAGCUGCUCCGGGAGCUCGGACUCCGACGUGUUCGACGUCAUCGCCGAGAUCAAGAGGAAGAAGGCCCACCCGGACCGGCUGCACGAGGAGCUGUGGUACAACGACCCCGGGCAGAUGAACGAUGGGCCUCUGUGUAAGUGCAGCGCCAGGGCCAGACGCACCGGGAUCCGCCACAGCAUCUACCCCGGGGAGGAGCCUGCGAAGACAUGUCGGCUAAUGAACAACAAUUCUGGGAAGCUGUACCACUACAGGAUCACUGUGUCUCCGCCCACCAACUUCCUGACCGACCGGCCCACUGUGAUCGAGUACGACGACCACGAGUACCUGUUUGAGGGCUUCUCCCUCUUCUCCCACACUCCUCUGACCAGCAUCCCAUUGUGUCGUGUGAUUCGCUUCAACAUAGAUUACACCAUUCACUUCAUAGAAGAGAUGACGCCAGAGAACUACUGCGUCCAGGGGCUGGAGCUCUUCGCCUCCUACCUCUUCCAGGAUGUCCUGGAGCUGUACGACUGGAACCUGACAGGCCCCGACUGGGACAACCUGGAUCCUGGCUGCCAGAAGUUCCACUUCAUGCCCCGCUUCGUGCGCUUCCUCCCGGACGGUGGGAAGGAGGUGCUGUCCAUGCACCAGGUGCUCCUCUACCUGCUUCGCAGCAGCAAGCCGCUGGUGCCCGAGGAGGAGAUUGCCGACAUGCUGCAGUGGGAGGAGACGGCCUGGCAGAAGUACGCCGAGGAGUGCAAGGGCAUGAUCGUCACCAACCCCGGCAUGGUGAGACGCCGCGCGCCUUCUCGCUCCCUUCUGCUCGCCGUCGCGGCGUUGCGCCUCCCUCCAUUAUGUUCCUUCUCCUCUUUUGUUCCUUCUCCUCUCUCCCUCCCUCUCCCCUACCCUCCUACCUCCCUCCGGCUCAUUCCUACAGUCUUAUGUUGUUGCCACUGCAGGUACCAGAAGCUGUGGAAGAGCUAUGUGAAACUGCGCCACCUGCUGGCCAACAGCCCCAAGGUCAAGCAGAUCGACAAGCAGAAGCUGACGCAGAGAGAGGAAGCGCUCCAGAAGAUCCGGCAGAAGAACACGAUGCGUAGGGAGGUGACAGUGGAGCUGAGCAGCCAGGGCUUCUGGAAGACCGGCGUGCGCUCAGACGUCUGCCAGCAUGCCAUGAUGCUGCCCGUCCUCACCCACCACAUCCGAUACCACCAGUGCCUGAUGCACCUGGACAAGCUCAUCGGCUACGUCUUCAAGGAGCGCUGCCUGCUGCAGCUGGCCAUGACCCACCCCAGCCACCACCUGAACUUCGGGAUGAACCCGGACCACGCCCGCAACUCCCUGUCCAACUGCGGCAUCCGCCAGCCCAAAUACGGAGACCGCAAGGUCCACCACAUGUACAUGAGGAAGAAGGGUAUCAACACCUUGAUAAACAUCAUGUCCCGCCUGGGCCAGGAUGACCCCUCCCCCUCCAGGAUCAACCAUAACGAGCGCCUGGAGUUCCUGGGAGACGCCGUGGUGGAGUUCCUCACCAGCGUCCACCUGUACUACCUGUUCCCCUGCCUGGAGGAGGGCGGUCUGGCCACCUACAGGACCGCCAUCGUGCAGAACCAGCACCUGGCCAUGCUGGCCAAGAAACUGGAGCUGGAUCGGUUCAUGCUGUACGCCCACGGACCGGACCUGUGCCGCGAGUCGGAUCUCCGCCACGCCAUGGCCAACUGCUUCGAAGCCCUCAUUGGUGAGCCCCCCCCCCCCCAGAACAGGACUACGCUGAAGUGGGUGCCGUGCCUCAAAAGGAGAUGAUUUGAAACAGACAUACCGUGUUCGCGGCGCUGCCAUCUGCAGAGAUUUCGGCAGCUACGAAAAAUCC